AAAAACCAGCCGUUAUCCCGCUCUUGUAUCUCUCUCUCUACCUCAAAGCCUAACCCAUCUCUUACCUUCGCAUCUCUCGUCAUCUGCUUGGGUAUCUCUGAUUUCUCCACCAAUUGGUCGUUAACUGAUAACAGAAACAGCAAUCCAAUUUCUUCUCCGAUCCGAUUGAUUGUUCAAACAGAAGUAUUCGAUUUUUUCUCCAAACCCAUUUGAUCCGUUCCUCUUGUUCUUGAAAGGACCACAGUCCAUUACCUUAAAUCCGACCAGAAAGAUAAUAAUGGCUUCAAGAACCAUCUCCAAAGAUAUCAUCACUCUCCGGGGUUCAGCCGCUAUUGUCAGCGAGUUUUUCGGUUAUGCCGCAAACAGUAUUCUAUACAACCGCGGAGUCUAUCCAGAAGACAGUUUCGUCAAGGUCAAGAAAUAUGGGCUCUCAAUGUUGCUUACUCAAGAUGAGGGUGUUAAAUCCUUUAUCUCCAACCUAACCGCCCAGCUAUCAGAAUGGCUAGAAGCAGAGAUGUUAAAGAGAGUGGUUCUGGUGAUAAUGACAAAGGCCACUUCCGAAGUAGUUGAGAGAUGGAAUUUCAGUAUAGAGACUGAUAAGGAAGUGGUAGAGAAAGGGUUAGUCCAUUUUCUUCCUAAAAUCCAUAUAACUGAAGAGCUCUAUAAUUUCCUCACGUCUAUCCUUUCUUGCUUUUAAUCUCUAUCUGUCUGAAAU